AUGAUGCCAACCUGGCCAACUGUUCCGCCGUCGGGCGCACCUCCAACCCCCGGCUACGCGACUUCGUACUCUGCCCCUGCCUUUACCCCAGUUCAAGUCCGACAAUCUUUCGGCCAGUCCUAUUCCACCCCGCAACCUCCCUAUCCCGCCGGGCCUACCUACGGCUCUUCUCAUUCUUCCCCGACGAGCGCAGCUAAUAUCCCCCCGAACGUGACCCCCGCGCCGACUGUCGCCCAGGAGCAGGCCAAGACAAAGAUCGACUGGCCAGACUCGGUUCGCCGAUAUGUUCAACGUGCAUUUGUUCCUGCCAACCUUGAUUCCAAUGUCUCUAGACCUGAAAUGGAAGCCAAGUUGAAGGAGACCAUAACCCAGGCGAACGAGAAGGGCGUCAUGUACAGCCUCGACUGGGAUGCUAUGCCCCUUCCUCAGCAAAUGAUACGUGAAGAACGUGCAAGGACAUUGCUCCCUCUUCACUCCAAAACAGAAACUCAGACUUCGGCAACUAGCACGAAGAAAAGGAAGUCUUGGGACCUGAACGACGCAGCGACAGCCGGCUCAAGCUCCGGGACUCCCCCUUGGCGGGUUGGUGCCAACAGACUCGAGGACCGCGUGACGUUCUCGCCCGACACACGCCAACCUGGCGACGAUCCUUUCAAGAAUACCACCAGUAAGUUUAGCAGGGCAGACAAGCGCCAAAAACGCCAUGAGGGAGAGUACAAGACUUUCCGUGAGGACACACCACCCCCAAGCGAUGGCCCGGUUGUCGGGACCUGCCAGGAUUUGGAGAAGCGCUACCUUCGUCUGACCGCCGCGCCUAAACCUUCGCAAGUUCGCCCCCCACAAGUCCUGCGUCAAACCCUGGAGUUACUCAAGAAGAGGUGGAAGAAGGAUCAAAACUACUCGUACAUCUGCGACCAGUUUAAGUCCAUGCGGCAAGAUUUGACUGUGCAACGUGUCCGCGAUGAUUUCACGGUUGAGGUCUACGAAAUUCACGCCCGGAUUGCGCUCGAGAAGGGGGACCUCGGUGAGUAUAACCAGUGCCAGAGCCAGCUCAAGGGGCUGUACCGUCUGGGACUGAAGGGCAAGGCGAACGAAUUCAAAGCCUACAGGAUUUUGUAUUACAUUCACACAGCAAACCGCGCGGAGCUGAAUAACGCUCUGGCAGAUCUAACAGCAGCAGAAAAGAAAGACAAGGCGAUCAAGCACGCUCUCGAUGUGCGUUCUGCGCUAGCGUUGGGCAACUACCACCGGUUCUUCCAGCUCUACAAUGACACGCCUAACAUGGGCGCAUAUCUCAUGGAUAUGUUUGUUGGUCGGGAGCGUCUCGCUGCUUUGUGCAAUUUCUGCAAGGGGUAUAAACCUGACGUGCCGCUACGCUUCAUCACAGAAGAACUCUAUUUUGAGUCCGAUAUCGAGGCCGCGCAGUUCAUUCUCGACCAUGGCGGCCAGGAUCUCCUGCAGGAUCGUGACGGCACCAUUGUCUUCCUGUCUGGGAAGGCUGGGCAGCGAUUUGAAGCCGCUCGCGCCAAAGCGUUUUCCCGAGUCGACAUUAAGGGUCAAAUUUGA